GUUCGGUGUGACCCCCGCCGUGUCGGGCUUGAGCUGCGCGACGUACACGUUGGUGAGCCCCGUCUCGGCCCCGAUGUCGGAGAAGCUCUUCCCGGACUUGGCCUUGGCCUCCAUCAGCUUCUGCACCGCCGCCGCCCUCGCGCCGCUGUCCUCCAUGGCCGCUCGCGUCGCCUGAGAUGUGCAGGAGUGGGAGUGGGAGUGCAGAGGACGAAGAAGAGAGCUGUGAGUGAACUGGCCCCGGUUGCGCCGGCUUAUAUGGCCGCGCCGGAUACGCCAUGGGGCAUCGGGUGGCGGGCGCACCAGCACCACGGCGGCUAUGCGACGGGGAAAUUGUCGGCAGUGCCAGUGAGUGGCGGCACGCGGCGGCUAUGCGACGGGGAAAUUGUCGGCAGUGCCAGUGAGUGGCGGCACGCGGCGGCUAUGCGACGGGGAAAGCACACGGCGGGGGUCCUGGUACAGUUCACCGGCACGCGGCGGCUAAGCGAUGGGAUGUUUUGGUACUGGGCCGGGGAAUAAGUGUUUAUUGGGUCAGCCCAGCUGAGUUCUAUACGGGCCGAUUUGGUUCUCUUUGGGCCUUUAUCUUGCCCCGCCAUUCUCUCGUCCGGACUGGAAACUCAAGACAUUCCUCUCCGCGGCGCUCUCCGUUCCUCUCUGGCCCCUCCAGCCUCCUCGGCCACCUGCCCCCCCCUCGCCGCCGAUCAGCAGCGCAUUAGCUUGGGAUCUCGAUUUGAUCAUCCUCCGGGUGAGCCCAUACCUUCGCGUUACUCCCCUCCGAGUCGUUUCCGGCGGCACCGCACGCCAUGCGCGCCAUGUGUUCGCGCAAUUGCCUGGCCGAGCUGCUCCGGCGCCUUGGCCAGGUCCAGCCGCGCUGCCCCUCCCAGCUAUCUCCCGCGCGCUCCAUGACGCGCGGCCGGAGCGUGAACGAGCGGAGCAAGAAGAAGCGCGUGAACGACCUCGAGGUGGUGAUCGAGCGCUGCAAGGUGGUCUCCAAGGUGCUCGCCGUGGUGGACGCGCUCAAGGUGGAGGAGGAGCACGUCACCCCUCUCAAGCGCCUCGAGAUCCUGCGCCCGCAGCUCGGGCUCGCCAAGCCGCACAAGGUCGCCCACUUCGUGCACAGCUCGCCGCAGCUCUUCGAGGUCUGCCGCGACAGCCGCGGCGUCAUGUGGGCCGGCCUCUCGCCGCAGGCUGAGGCGCUCGUCGAGGAGGAGGCACGCCUGCUGGAGGAGCACUCCCCCACUGCUGCAGAGUACGUGACGAGGCUGCUCAUGAUGUCGGUGCAACGGCGCCUGCCUGUUGACAAGAUCGCACAUUUCCGGCGUGACAUGGGGCUUCCUCAUGAUUUUCGGACACGGUGGGUGCACAUGUUCCCUGAGCUGUUUAGGUUGAUCACACUGGAGGAUGGCGACUACUUGCAACUUGUUUCCUGGAACACAAACUGGGCGGUCACUGAGCAUGAGAAGAAUAUGGCAGCAUUGGCCGGUAACACCGAUGCCAAUUCCAAUGCUAGUACACCAGGCGAGCUCUCACUUCCAUUCCAGAUGAAGUUCCCACCAGAUUUUAAAAGUUACUACAAAUUUAGAGGAAAAGCUCAUCACUACGUGAAAACCGGCAAUACCGAGCAGUUUCAGAAGACAACCUACCUGUCCCCUUAUGCAGAGGCAAAAGGUUUGACCCCUGGAUCUCACGAGUUUGACAAGAGGGCAGUUGCGGUGAUGCAUGAGAUACUGAGCUUCACAUUGGAGAAGAGGCUGGUAACCGACCACCUCACGCAUUUCCGUCGUGAGUUUGUUAUGCCACAGAAGUUGAUGAGGUUGCUACUGAAGCAUUAUGGUAUUUUUUAUGUGUCUGAGAGGGGGAAGAGACUGAGUGUGUUCUUGACAGAAGCAUAUGAUGGGACCGAGUUGAUUAAAAAGGCCCCGUUGGUAAGGUGGAGAGAGAAGGUUCUUCGACUUACUGGUUACAGAGGAAAAAACAAGAAUAUUGGAAAAGUUCAUGAGUCGUCUGAUUCUGAGGAUUAUUUGCUCGGUGAGAGCUCAUCAGUAUGUAGUGGUAGCAGCAGUGACGACGACGAUGCUGCUAAUAUAUUGCAUGUCGAAAGUGAAGAUUCAGAUGAUUUCCUGGAUGUUGGCACUCUUACAGAUGAUGGUGAGAUGGAUGAUGGUGACAUGGAUGAUGCCGGGAUGGGUUUCUUUUAGUGAGAAAUAUGUUGAGAUGGUUUUAGGAGAUGUAAGUGAUUAUGCAGAGUCAGUGAAAUCGAGUUAGUAGCCUACUAGACUAACAUAAUGAACACUUCUGUUUUCCCGUUUCCUGAACAUGAAGCUCAUAAGCGAGCAGGAAGGUUUCAUCUGUGAGCUGGUUUAGAGAUUUCUUGGCUGAUGUUGAUGAUAUUGUGGUCAACGAUCCAAACAUGGCUGGAUCCUCAUCAAUGCUGCAGGAUCUAAUAACAUCUACCCCCUGUCUUGAGCAACUAUGGUGAUGAUGUUGUUUACCUGAUGUCCAAGGUGAACUUUGAAUACCAGAAAGCAUGGAUGAUUGGCAUUGAUAUGGAAACAAAGACCUUGCUUUCCACCGAUAGAUUCCUCUAUUCCAGUCCUGCCUACCGUGCAUGUUCACUCUCUGGAGCUGGACAAAACUUCAAGUAAUUCUAUUGGGACUUAUUCUUUACCAUGUCAGUGCUCGUAGGAGUGCCUGCUCUUACUCUUUAGUUGACCAGUUGUUUUUGUUCAGCUUAUGUAUCUGUAUUGACGUAUUUGGACUGGAAUAUUUUGUUCAGCACCUUUUGUGGUCGCUCAUCUACUAGCGCUGGAACCUGAGUAGGAACCAUGUGUUUUAAUGCACAUUUACAUGUAUGAUAGUUUCAUCUCAACCAGACUUGUCAUAACAGACGUAAGGUUAGCCAUAUGUAUUGCUCUGCAGACUGCCUGCAGCGAGUGGUAAUUCCAUGCUGAUUAGUGUA